AUCCACUCACCUCGAAACGGGUUUCUUCUUCGGUUAGAUGUCCAGCAAAUGUUCGAUCAGUACCUCAUCUCCAUUAACCCAGAUGACGGUUACAAGGUAGUUGUGUUCAGCUUCGAUAUUUUUGGCUACGACGGUAAAAGUCUUGAUCCCGUGUGCCAAAACCUGGCCGAUCCCCACUCUGUAUCUGAUGAUCUUCUAAGUUGGCACUUCCGCCAAUCAGUCCUUGCGAAUGUCAGAGGAGCAGGGAAACCGAUCUUCGAGCACGACUUCCCACCAGGGACUGAUAUGGUGGGUGAGAUCCUAGCUGGUCCCUAUGCA